AUGUCAAGCAAGUCUUCAGAAGCGCAAGACGACCAAAUCCCUAGCUAUGAAGAGUCCAUCGCAAGCUCAUCACCUAGACAGUCACAGCCCACAGGGUUCUCCCAGAAGACUCCGACGACUUUCCAGCAACGGAUAAAGGAGCAACGACAACGCCGCAUAGCUACAAUCCUACUCGACCAUGUAGAGCCCGCCAUAGCGGUCCACCUCGAAAAUGGCACAAAUGAGAUGACCCUGAUACUGCUGGGAGCCGACGCUUUGGAUGGAACAGUGCGCUUGAGCGUCUCUAACAUCACAUCACCAUCGCUCGCGAAACCCACGACUCUCAUCCGGCUCAACGGCAACGAUUUCAACGCGCAGUUCUUGACCACCUGGUCCUUAAUCCAAGAACUGUCCGAUACACUCGUGAGGUCAAUGGUUGACCCUGCCACCUUCCCGCAACUGCAAGCACAGCUACCACAGAUAAGCAGUGUCCAAGCUCCAGAAUUGCCAGAAAGACCUGCCCCGAAGUCAUGGCUGAAGCGAACGUUUGGUCUGCCACCUGCGGACCAGGACCCUACGGGCCAGACUGGAUCAUGGAAGCUAGGAUGGCGGAGUGAAGAAAAUCCGGCUUUGACAUCGAGGACUGUCGCGACGAACGAUCUCACACUCACGGCAAAUUUGACAUCCGUGACAUUCAGGACGGAGAGUGCGCUUGGACUGUUAGAGUCUUCCACGGUGAAGUGUCUGUGGAUGGACGUUUUCUUCAGGGCGUAA